GACAAAGGAAAAAUUAGAGAGAAAAUGGGAAGCAAAAAUCAAAACAAAAAAAAGAAGAAUAAUUGUAGCUAACCAAACACAUCAAAAACAACAACCAGAGAUUGGUUUUGUCUAAUCCAUCACACCCCUUUUCCUAUCUUUUCUCAGUUGGGAAUGUUUUUAGAUUUCGAUCACUGAACCCCAACUAUCUAAAGUUUCAAUCUUUUUCAUCACUCAAAAUUAUGGAUGUUAUCUGGGUUCUUCCGUACAUCAUUUGCCCAGAUCUUAAUAUUCUUUGACCUAGCUUAACAGCCCAGAGUCUCUGUGGACCUCAGCAAAAAAAACAAGAACAAAGGUUUACUGCACCUCCCCCGUUCUUUUUUCUGGUUGACAGCUAGCAUGGAUAGAUGAAAAAGAGUUUUACUCGUCUAGACAGGUAGUCUCUGGUCUCAUUUGUUUAUUGGUUUAGGGGGUGGCAGAUAAGGAUUUGGGGUGGAUGAGAUCCGCACUGGCUUGCUAACAAUUCAAUUUGCUGCUUAGACCUUUCAGAUUGAUGAAAGUUCUGUUUUGAGGGUGUUUAAAUCAGUAAAACAUUACGACCAGAAGAUCAUAUUUUCAAGUGAUGAUCAAACAGAUACUUAAUAGGCUCCCUAGAAAGCCUUCCAAGUCAGCAGAAAAUCGUGAUGGAGGAAGCUCUGCAUCACCAUCAAAUGCUUCAACUGGUUCUAGAAGCAGUGAUUUGUCUACUGCGCAGUCAGGAAAUUCAAGUGCCACUACUGUUUCAGGAGUCACAUCUUCAACUCUGGGACCAAAUCAUGGAAAUAGGCUACCGCAGGCGGCAAAUGCUAAGGUGAAUGGAAGUGCAGCAGUUUUUCCGUGUGAGACCUUGCCUAGUUUUAAAGAUGUACCAACUGCUGAGAAACAAAACUUGUUCAUAAAAAAACUGAACUUGUGCUGUGUAUUAUUUGACUUUACUGACCCAACAAAACACUUGAAAGAAAAAGACAUCAAGCGGCAGACAUUAGUAGAGCUUGUUGAUUAUCUUAGUUCUGCAAAUGGAAAAUUCACAGAAACUGUCAUUCAAGAAAUUGUUAAAAUGGUGUCUUCAAAUCUGUUCAGGCCUCUAACUCCUCAACCUCGUGAAAACAAAGUAUUGGAAGCUUUUGACUUGGAAGAUGACGAACCCUGGAUGGAUCCUGCAUGGCCACAUUUGCAAAUUGUGUAUGAGUUCUUUCUCAGAUUUGUGGCAUCGCCGGAGACAGAUGCAAAAUUGUCUAAGCGAUAUGUUGACCAUUCUUUUGUUCUAAGGUUAUUAGAUCUCUUUGAUUCAGAAGAUCCAAGAGAAAGGGAGUUCUUGAAGACGGUUCUGCACCGAAUAUAUGGAAAAUUCAUGGUGCACCGCCCUUUUAUUAGGAAAUCAAUCAACAAUAUAUUUUACCGGUUUAUCUUUGAAACUGAGAAGCAUAAUGGAAUAGCAGAACUUUUAGAAAUUUUGGGCAGUAUAAUCAAUGGAUUUGCACUUCCACUGAAGGAAGAGCACAAGUUGUUUCUUGUUCGAGCUCUUAUUCCACUUCAUAAACCAAAGUGCGUACACAUGUAUCAUCAGCAGUUAUCUUACUGCAUAACACAAUUUGUGGAGAAGGACUGCAAGCUCGCUGAUACUGUCAUAAGAGGUUUGUUGAAAUAUUGGCCUAUCACAAACAGUUCCAAGGAAGUAGUGUUCUUAGGUGAGCUGGAGGAGGUUCUAGAAGCAACUCAGCCUCCAGAAUUCCAGCGUUGUAUGGUGCCUUUGUUUCAUCAGAUCAGUCGUUGUUUGAGCAGCUCGCACUUUCAGGUGGCUGAGAGGGCCUUGUUCCUAUGGAACAAUGAUCAUGUUGAGAACCUAAUCAAACAAAAUCAUAGAGUUAUACUGCCGAUAAUCUUCCCUGCCUUGGAGAAGAAUGCUAGAGGCCACUGGAAUCAGGCGGUGCAAAACUUGACAUUAAAUGUCCGCAAGAUCUUCUCUGAUAUCGAUUCUGAACUCUUUGAAGAGUGUUUGCAGAAAUUCGAAGAAGAUGAGGCCCAAGAAGAGGAGGUAAAGAGGAAACGUGAAAUUACUUGGAAACGGUUAGAGGAGCUUGCUGGAGUGAAAGCUGCAAGCAAUGAGCCAGUGCUAGUUUCUCAUAAGAUAACACCUCAUUCACCAUCUGGCUAGAGACUCUAUCUUUGUUACUGUUGCUUUUACCUUGAUCAGCUGAUCAGUACGCUAAUUGAGAAAGGAGGUAAUAUCUCAUUUGUUCAUACACCAAGGCAUCCUGAAAUUUUUGUUCCCAGGUCUCACUUUAUGGUAACGCAAAUCAAGUUGGAUACCAACUCAGUGCUAAUAUAGAGGCAAGGACUGUUCAUACGGAAUUGCGUAACUGGAGAACCUCAAGAUUUUAUAGUCUGCUGUCCAUGCGUGGCUCGAGUUCAUUUGGUGUUUGCUUUGUUGAAGUUUCUAAUGAUGAGAUUAUAAAAGCAUCAUACUUGAGGUAUACGUCUAAAGUUCCUUUUAGGGUGCUGCGCUUGAAUCUCUGUACCGUCAAUAUAUAUGCUUUGACAUUGCAGCUUGGCAUGAAAGUAUCUCUGUAGAUAAUCUUGAGAAUGAUCAAAUGAAGUUGACAUAAUUAAGUUGCAAUGUAUUAAGUAGUAAUUCUUUUGAAUUCACACACUGCUUGCAAUUAGUAAUAUUUUACAACUUCCCUUUCUAUGUGA